UCAGACUGCAGACGAAUCUGAUUCAAAUCUGAUUCCUUCUCAUAUCCGAUUUUUAGGGCUGACUGUUCACACUGCCUUUAGCAAGUGUCCAAAUCGGAUAUGGCUCUGUUCAGACUGGGUCACAUUAGUAACAGAUCUGACAGGUUGCUGUAGCAACAAAAACAAACAUUUCUGCCAUCAGGAGGAAAUACUUGCUAAUUUGGUGUGAUUCAACAUAGAACAAUACAACUAGAACUGCUCUAGGAGAGUAUGAUUAAAAUGGGGAAAUCAGAUGUGUGGGAUAUUGCAAUCGCAAGACAGUCCCCAGAAAUCACCCUAACAAUUGAAUUGGAUGAUGAAGCGAUCAUGAGGAUUUGGGAAUCACAAGAGAAAAAAUGUAAAGCAACACCAUCUCCAAAUUUGAUGACUACGGACUUGCACGAGACAAGGAUUGUGCUGCUGGGAAAAACUGGUUUGGGGAAGAGUUCAACAGGAAACACCAUACUGGGCAAAGAUAUAUUUACUGUAUCACCAGCCUUUACCUCUGAAACACAUCAGUCUGUGGUUCAUCGGGCAGUUGGUGGUGGGAGGCUUGUGUCUGUGAUCGAUACUCCAGGGCUUUUUGACACACAUCUUUCACAGGCUGAACUAACUGUAGAAUUAGGCAGGAGUGUUUUUUUGUCUAGUCCAGGACCUCAUGCCUUUCUCAUUGUUCUAAAUAGAAGAUUCACUAAACAGGAAAUACAGAUUAUUGAUCUUAUCCGAGAGCUUUAUGGGCAAGAGGCUCUAAAGUACACACUCAUUGUUUUCACACAAGGGGAUGACUUAAAAGGGAGGAACAUAGAAAAAUUCAUUAAACAGAACAAAGAUCUCUGUGAUCUGGUCCAGCAGUGUGGAUGGAGAUAUCAUGUCUUAAACAACAAAGACAUGGGAAACAGAGAUCAGGUCACUGAAUUGCUGGAGAAGAUUGACAAAAUGGUGGAGGAGAAUGGAGGAUGUUACUACACUGAUGACAUGUGGAAGGAUGCAGAAAAGCUUAGAGGAGAAGGAGAGGGAAUACCUGAGGAACCAUUCUUGGCAUUUCUUAAACUAUAUUGGAAAAAGUUGGCUCUUGGAGCUGUAAUUGCUAGUCUGAUAGGUGGAGGGACAGGAGCUGUAAUAGCAGGAGCAGGUGGAGGAGCUGCAAUAGCAGGGGCAGGAGCAGGUGGAGGAGCUGCAAUAGCAGGGGCAGGGGCAGGUGGAGGAGCUGCAAUAGCAGGGGCAGGAGCAGGUGGGGAUCUGAAGGCCUUUUCAGGUGCAAGCAAUUAA